AUGUCUGGUCUAGCCGAGAUGGAGACUGAGAGGGAGCUGUACCAAGAACAGCUUGACCUUGUCCUUGCGCAGCUACGCGAUGACCCCGAUAAUGCUGAACUCAAAGCGCUUGAACAAGAGUUGAAGGACUUUGUCAAUCUUCUCAACGAGAACAUUUCAGAACUAAAGCCGAAACAGGCCCCCAAGCCAACCUCCAAGCAACCCUCGCCCCAAACCGAACCCGAAAAAUGGUCGCGUGAAAACCACCCCGCCUUCAAAAAGACUGCGCCCCCGCCGCCCGAGGACAAGGACGACACACCUGUGACCUACCAAGUCAACGAUACCGUCAUGGCCAAGUGGGUAUCGGGCGACAAGGGCUUUUAUCCAGCCAAGAUUACUUCGAUUACCGGAUCCGCCGCAAGCCCCGUCUACGUCGUCAAGUUCAAGAGCUACGACUACACGGAAACAUUGCGUUCGCGUGACAUCAGACCUGUCUCGAAUAAGAGAAAGGCCGAAGCGCCACCUCCGCCGCCCACGGCUUCGGCUUCGGCCUCGGCCGGGCCAACACCACCUGGCCUGGUCUCCUCUGCGGGCGCGACUACAUACCCCAAUGCCCACAAAGAUGGCGAUGCAGAAGCCAAACCGCCGAAGCCCAAGAAAAUCAAGGCGAAGAAGGAACUUGAAGCCGGAAAGAAUAAAUGGCAGGAUUUCAACUCCAAAUCGAAAUUUGCAAAGACGCAGAAGAAGGAUAGCAUGUUCCGGACGCCAGAUGGUAUCCAUGGUAGAGUUGGCUUCACUGGAUCUGGCCAAGCAAUGCGCAAAGAUCCAAGCCGAAAUCGCCACGUCUAUCAAGUGAACGAGGAUUUAGACUAA